UCUCCAAAAGGGCUGAAGCUCGAGUCUUUGCCACCCAUGAAGUGAGAAAGAUCAAAUCUUUACAUGUUCUUGGAAAUGCAAUGCGCCAUGGAAGGCCUCUAUUCCAACCCAAACCCCACAUCGGCGCUGCUGCUUCUGAACUUGGAGACAUACUCCUGGUGGCCUCCAUCACCAAGACCCUCUCCCAGUCCGGCACCCGCAACCUCCCCCACCCUCCUCCUCCUCCUCUCUCCGACCCUCUCCUCCUCCAAAUCCUCCGCACCCAAUCCCUCCACCCCUCCAAGAAACUCGACUUCUUCAAAUGGUCCUCUCUCACCCAUUCCAUCAAACACUCCCCCGCCACUUUCUCCCACAUCCUCCGCACCGCCUGCCGCGCCGGGUUCCUCUCCGAAAUCCCCGGACUACUCAACAUCAUGAAACGUCAUGCUGUAAUAGUCGAUUCCGGAACCUUCAAGUCUUUGCUGGACGCCUUCAUCAGGGCAGGUAAGUUUGACAUGGCGAUCGAAAUUUUAGACAUUAUGCAAGAACUGGGUGCUGAGCUGAGUACGGAUAUGUACAACUCGGUGUUGGUUGCUUUGGUUAGGAAGGGUCAGUUGGGUUUGGCUAUGUCUAUUCUGGUUAAGCUUCUAGAAGGUGGGUCUUCUCAAGUACCCAAUUGCAUUGCCUGUAAUGAGUUGUUGGUGGGUCUUAGGAAAGGUGACAUGAGGGUAGGGUUUAAGCAGGUGUUUGAUAAGCUUAGGGGGAAUGAGUGGUUUGAGAUGGAUACUUGGGGUUAUAACAUAUGUAUUCAUGCGUUUGGGUGUUGGGGUGAUCUGGGUACUAGUUUGAGUCUGUUUAAAGAGAUGAAAGAGUUGAACUCCGACUCGGUUUUCCCUGAUUUGUCUACUUAUAAUAGCCUCAUUCAUGUGCUGUGUUUGGUUGGGAAGGUGGAUGAUGCAGUUACUGUGUGGGAGGAGUUGAAGUGUUCUGGUCAUGAGCCGGAUGCCAUUACAUAUCGGAUUCUUAUUCAGGGGUGUUGCAAGUGUUAUCGAAUAGAGGAAGCUACCAAGAUUUUUGGUGAAAUGCAGAACAAUGGGUACAAUCCUGAUAUGGUUGUUUAUAAUUCGUUGAUGGAUGGGUUGUUCAAGGCGAGGAAAAUUAAUGAAGGGUGUCAGAUGUUUGAGAGGAUGGUUCAGUAUGGGGUGAGAGCCUCGACGUGGACGUAUAAUAUUCUGAUUGAUGGCUUGUUUAGGAAUGCAAGGGCCGAGGCUGCUUACACUAUAUUUUGUGACUUGAAGAAGAAGGGUCAGUUUGUGGAUGGUGUUACGUAUAGCAUUGUUGUUCUGCAACUUUGUAGGGAGGGUCUGCUCGAGGAGGCGCUAGAAUUGGUGGAAGAAAUGGAAAUGCGAGGCUUUACUGUUGAUUUGGUUACUAUAUCAACACUCAUGAUUGGGCUGUAUAAGCAUAGUCGAUGGGAUUGGACAGACAAGCUCAUGAAGCGUAUUAGGGAUGGUAAUCUGCUGCCUAGUGUUCUUAGAUGGAAAGUCGAUAUGGAAGCUACAAUGAAAGCUCCACAGAGCAAGAAAAAGGACCUUACACCACUGUUCCCAAGUAAAGGUGAUUUCAGCGACGUUUUGAGUCUAAUAAGUUCUGCUGCCUCAAAAAUGGAUGGAGACAUUGAAUCAGAUGAUGCUGGGGUUAAAGAUGAUAAUAAUUCGUCUACAGAUAUUGAUCAGUGGUCAUCAUCUCCACAUAUGGAUCACUUGGCCAAUCAAUUGAAGUCCACUGACCACGCCUCUCAGCUGUUUUCGCUAUCUAGAGGGCAACGAGUUCAAGCCAAAGGAGAAAGCACUUUUGAUAUUGAUAUGGUAAAUACUUUCUUAUCCCUAUUUUUGGCCAAGGGGAAGCUGAGCAUAGCUUGCAAAUUGUUUGAGAUUUUCAGUGAUGCGGGUGCAAACCCUGUGAGUUACACUUAUAAUUCCAUCUUGAGUUCGUUUGUCAAGAAGGGCUACUUCAAUGAGGCAUGGGGUGUGCUCAGUGAAAUGGGAGAAAAAGUUUGCCCCACAGAUAUAGCAACAUACAAUAUGAUAAUUCAAGGCUUGGGGAAGAUGGGAAGGGCCGAUCUAGCCAGUAGUGUUCUGGAUAAGCUAAUGAAGCAGGGUGGUUAUCUUGAUGUUGUCAUGUACAACACCUUGAUUAAUGCGCUGGGGAAGGCUAACCGGAUUGACGAAGUAAACAAGCUAUUUAAGCAGAUGAAGAGUAGUGGAAUAAAUCCUGAUGUUGUCACUUUCAAUACGCUUAUUGAAGUUCAUAGUAAAGCAGGUCGACUGAAAGAUGCGUAUAAAUUUCUGAAAAUGAUGCUGGAUUCAGGCUGCACACCAAACCAUGUCACUGACACCACUUUGGAUUUUCUGGGGAAGGAGAUUGAGAAAUCGAGGUACCAAAAGGCAUCAUUUGUACGAAAUAAGGAUGACUCCUGAAGAAUUUUCUUCUGGUCCAGUUUGAUUCAAGUCAAUUAGUUGUGACUUUCAAGUCUUCUGUUUGAUGAGACCUUGAAGGCCAUUCCAUAUUGAGGUACCUAAUGUAACAUGGAAUUUUCUUCUGUAAUCAUCUUCUUGAAAUUGUAUGUGAUGUAGUUCAAAUUGUUAACAGAAAUAUAAUGUGAUUUAGAAUAUUUCUUUUCUUCAA